AUCAUUUGACGUGGUUUAUAUAAUAAAUCCAUGACACGUGAGUUUUUGCCAGAAGGCGGAAAAAUCAAAAUUUUGCACAGACUGUCACACACGUAUAAUGAUUUUAACGUCAGUUAUAAAUUGUUUAUUCUAGCUUUGACAAUGGCAUCAGAAGUGGCCCUUAAAAAUGUAGACAACGCUUGCGAGACAGCUGAAGAAUUCACAAGAGUAUUUUAUAAACAAGUGGAUAACAGCAGACAUUUAACCUCCAAAUUAUAUCUCGAUACUGGACUUUUGGUUUGGAAUGGAAAUGGGAUUAAUGGAAAUGAUAAAAUCCAGAAAUUUCUUAUGGACUUGCCUGCUAGCAAUCAUGUGUUGAAGACUCUAGAUGCUCAGCCUAUUUCAGAAAAUGUUGUAUCAAACAAACUCACAUACCUCAUCCAGGCGUGUGGUGACGUUACUUACCAGAACGACGAUGGGAGGAAACCUUUUCAACAGACCUUUCUCAUUGUAGCAGUUGAUGGGAAAUGGAAAAUAGCAUCAGAUUGUUUCAGAUUACAAGUACCAUAUAAUCAAAGUUAAUGAAGAGGAGAAAUAAAACAUCCAUUGGUAUUUAAUUGUUUAUAUACAACCACGUUGGAAUUAUGUACGGUAUUGCAGAUAAACAGCAGAGCAUGCAACAACUGAAAUGAGGAAAUAAAUUUAUUCCAAACAAA